AUGAUCGCCAACAAGCUCACCAUUGUCACUGCCGCCGCCGCUCUUCUUGAGCCGGCUCUUGCUCUCGGCCACCGCCACGGCCACCACCAGCACAAGCGUGGUGACACCGUCGUUGCCACCAUCGACGGUCAGGUCGUCUCUUGGGAGAACAACUACUACGGUCCCGGCGGCGCUGCUCCCGCUGCUACACAGGUUGCUUCCAAGCCCGAGGCUCCUGCUGCUCCCGCCCCUGCUCCCGCCCAGCCUACCACCAUUAUCAAGGUCGCCAAGCCUUCCCAAGCCGCCAAGGCUGCCUACGAGGCUCCCAAGGCUCCCAAGGCCAAGGAGGCUGCUGCCCCCAAGAAGGUCGAGCAGGUUAAGCAGGUCAAGGCUGCUAGCGCCCCCAAGAAGACCAAGCCCAGCUCCGGUGGUUCUUCUGGCUCCGCCGGCCUUUCCCACAAGCGAGGUGUCUGCUACAACAAUGUCGACCUCGCUAACACUUUCUACAACGACUGCGCCAACUGUGGCUGGGGUUACAACUGGGACUCCGAGUCCGGCGGUCUUGACAGUGGCCUGACCUUCAUCCCCACUCUCUGGUCUGACGAUGCCGUCCACCUCGACCGCUUCGCCUCCAACUGCGCUAAGUCCCUUGCCAACGGCGCCAAGGCCAUCUUCUCCUUCAAUGAGCCCGACAACGGUGGCCAGGCUCACAUGACCCCUGAGGCCGCUGCCGCUGCUCACAUCAAGCACCUCAACCCUUACGCUGGCAAGGCCCUCAUCGGUGCUCCUUCCAUCAGCAACAGUGGUCUCCCCAUGGAGGGUCGCGAGUGGCUCUCCGCUUUCGUCGAGGCCUGUGGUGACAAGUGCCACUUCGACUUCUGCAACAUCCACUGGUACUCCGAGGUUGAGUACGGUGAGACCCUCUUCGAGCACAUCGAGAAGUCCUCCGAGAUCUGUGGCGGCAAGCCCAUCUGGCUCACCGAGUUCGCCCCCAAGGGCUCUGACGACGCCAUUGCUUCUUGGCUCGAGGAGACCAUCCCUCGUCUUGAGGCUCUCGACACCCUUGAUGCUUACUCCUACUUCAAGGUCGAGACCGGCAUGCUCAUGACCAGCGAGACUGAGAUGUCCAAGUACGGUAGCGUCUACGCCUCCGCUUAA